CUCGGGCUCCUCGGGUUGUGAAGAGGCGAGAGGGACGCGCACCCGAUCCAACCUCGCGCCUGCACAUGAGGCACCAUGCCACCGUUCAGACCGAGCGACGCGCAGCCGGAGCCGCAGCCGGAGCUGGAGCGAGGUUCGGGCGCAGCGGGGAGGAUGCAGACUUUGUGUCCGGUCUGAGCGCAGCACUCGGCGGAAAGACGAGCGGUCGCACUGGAUGUGGAAAAGCGGGACUGUCGAGAGAGUCCGCCUCCCUGAAGGUCUCUGGUGCCAAGAGAAGCUUCAUUGUACUGGAGCCGGCAGUCCAUAACGGGAAUGGGACAGAGAGUGGUCCAGUGUGGUUCGUGGCCCAGUGCUGAGUUUCAGGAAGUGCAUUCUACAGGUGGUGAAGGAGGAGGGAGGGAGAACAUGUGAUGGGACAGCUCAACGAUGGACAGAGGCUGCCGGAGGAAUCAUAUUGUUUAAAGAUUUCAGAGGAUUAGCCUGAGCCAGUGGCUUAACAGUCCACAUCUUCUUCUGGAUUCCCCCAUUACUAUCACUUGGUAUUACAUUCUUUCUGAUCUGUUUCAAAUGGAGUCCCAGUGGCGUUGGUGGAGUAAGGACUGGCGCUCCUAUGUCGGGCCGUGGCUACCUCUACUGUUAGGCCUUCAUCUCCAUUGGUCUCGAGCCUCGAACUGUCCUGAGGAGUGCCGCUGUGAUCGCACCUUUAUUUACUGUAAUGAGCGCAGCCUGACCUCAGUGCCUCUGGGAAUCGGCGAGGGUUACAAGACCCUGUACCUCCACAACAACCAAAUCAGUAACGCUGGGUUUCCCUUGGAGCUUCAUCACGUGUCCUCUGUGGAAACUGUGUAUUUGUACGGCAACCAGCUGGAAGAGUUUCCCAUCAACCUGCCCAAAAAUGUGAGGGUUCUCCAUCUGCAAGAGAACAACAUUCAGACCAUCUCCAGAGCAGCUCUGGCUCAGCUUCUUUGGCUGGAGGAGCUGCAUUUGGACGAUAACUCCAUUUCUACGGUAGGGGUGGAGGAAGGAGCCUUUCGUGAGGCGGUGAGCCUGAAGAUGCUCUUCCUCACAAAAAACCAUCUGAGCAGCGUGCCUCUUGGCCUUCCAGACGACCUAAAGGAGUUGCGAUUGGAUGAGAACCGGAUUGCGGUUAUCGCUGAGGAAGCAUUUCGGAAUGUCACCCGCAUCGAGCGCCUCUUGCUGGAUGGAAACCUGUUGACUGAUGAAGGGAUCGCACCAGGGACGUUUCAGGACCUGCUCACCCUGAGGGAGCUGUCUCUGGCUCGUAACUCUCUUACAUACCCUCCCCCGUUCCUCCCUGGAGAGGUGCUCAUCAAGUUAAACUUUCAGGAUAAUCUGUUAAACCGGAUUCCUGUCAGGGCAUUUGCUGGGUUGCACAAGCUACAGAGACUGGAUAUUUCAAACAACCAGCUGCAGUCACUGAAUCAGGGGGCGUUCGAUGACCUCGUCAGUCUCAGGCAGCUUAGUGUUCGGAACAACCUUUGGCUGUGCGACUGCAGCAUCAGGUGGGUGGUGUCAUGGCUUAAAUCUCUGACCUCCUCAGUCAACGUCCGUGGCUUCAUGUGUCAUACACCUGAGAGGUUCCGGGGCAUGUCGAUCAGGGAGCUGGGUGCUGAGCUGGUCCUGUGUCCACCUCCGCACACCCCAGCUGCCGAUGGGUCCUCGUUCACAGACUCACCUCUAAACUCACAAUAUGUUUCCUCCACCUCAAGACAACCCUUACCCACAAUAGCCACCCCCCCUUCACAUACAACCAGGACUAAGCAACCACUAGAUCCCCAAAGGGAGACUCUGCAGGUCAGGUUUUCCUCUCUAAACGACUCAGCGAUACAUGUCGGCUGGGUGGCUGCCUUUCCAGUCACCGCCUACAAAGUGACGUGGGCUAGGAUGGGCCCGAGCCUGACAGGCGACACUGUCAGGGAGAGAAUAGUGGGUGGGGAUCACAGGGGCAUCAGGUUGGAUAACCUUGAGCCAAAGUCUACCUAUCGUAUUUGUGUCAUUCCCUUGGAUGCAUUUAAUAACUACCGGCCCAAAGACGAUACCGUGUGCACUGAAACUGUGACCACUCCAUCCUCACCCAACCCUGACAAAGACAAAAAGUCAUCAGGGCCUGAGCAAGCCUUGCAACAGGAGCCCAGCUCACCUCUCCUGCUGGCGGGGCUGAUCGUUGGGGCAGUGGUUGUGGUGCUGGUGGUGCUAUUCUGUGUUUUCUGCUGGCAUGUGCACAAGGAGAGCCGCUCUAGAUGGAAAUACAACCGAGGCCGCAGAAAAGAUGAAUACUGUGAGGCAGGCACCAGGAAAGACAGUUCUGUCCUGGAAAUGACUGAGACCUUCCAGAUCGUCUCACUCAACAACGAACACGUCCUCAAGGCAGAUUUCCACAUCCGGCCUAUUUACACCCCUAAUGGCGGCAUCGGCCUCCGAGACUGCCCCCUGGGGAUCAACAGCACGUUCUACUGCAGGAACAAUGUGCAGGAAGCAGACCUGUGUCGCACAUGAUGCUUUUGCAAAGCAAAGCAUUUUUACUCAUUUUACUGGACAGUGUAAAAUGUUAAUACUAUCUGAAAAGCGUGUGUCUUCAGAAUGUAAUUUAUAUCACUUGCUGGAAGAUAUCUUUUAUAUAACAAAGCUGAAUUUAUAAGUGAGUUUAUGUUUGGGUCACAAUCAAAUACAUUUACUUGCACAUAGCGUACCAGGGCAGUAAUAAUGAAUGGGUUCGGCAUUGGACACAGGAGAAACACAAACAAGAGAUGGCAUCCGAGAAUCAUCACUUACUGGUUUUAACCACUACAAUGUGGCACAUUUGUUUAAUUGCUCUCAAAGGAGUUGCAUAAUGUUGGAUUCCUGCUCCAGGAACAGGACAAAUGUGUAUGCAAAUGUGAUGCGUCUGCUUCACAAAGGAAAUGUAAAGGUCACAGUCAUUACACAGGCUGCAGGGCUUUCACCUGCUUUUCAAGAUUAAUACAUUAUCACAGUUGCGGC